CGCAGACACUGCAGUCAGAACGACACGAACAUAUGAUUUCUUGCAAAAUGUAGUCUGCCUCUGCACCUGAUUUGUCUUCUUUCUUCCAAGUGUAGGUCGUUUUGUGGUUAAAAUGCAGGCGAACAUUCUUAGUCGGAUUACUACUUCAAUUAAACCAGCAGCAUGCCUGCAGCGGGCCCAGGCAGUUCCGCCCUUGCUGCUCUCAGCUCUGCCACACCGUCUCUACUCAUCAAACCUGGAGGCGGACAUUGUCGUCAUCGGCUCUGGUCCUGGAGGCUAUGUCGCUGCUAUCAAGGCAGCUCAGCUAGGGAUGAAAACAGUUUGUAUAGAAAAGAAUGAUACGCUUGGAGGGACCUGCCUAAAUGUUGGAUGCAUUCCAUCAAAAGCCUUACUUAAUAACUCACAUUACUACCAUAUGGCUCACUCGGGAGACCUGAAGAACAGAGGAAUUGAAGUGCAAGGUGUGGCACUCAACUUGGACUCAAUGAUGGAAGCCAAGCGCGGGGCUGUCAAGGCUCUCACGGGUGGUAUUGCUGGGCUCUUCAAGUCAAAUAAAGUCACUCUGGUAAAUGGUCAUGGAAAGAUCACAGGCCCCAAUGAAGUAACGGCACUCAAGUCUGACGGUAGCUCUGAGGUGGUCAAGACCAAGAAUAUCCUCAUCGCCACAGGGUCAGAGGUCACACCAUUUCCUGGCAUUGAGGUGGAUGAGGAAACAAUUGUAUCGUCAACAGGAGCCCUAUCUUUGAAGAAGGUUCCUGAAAAAUUGGUUCUCAUUGGUGCUGGUGUCAUCGGUUUGGAACUGGGGUCAGUAUGGGGAAGGCUAGGAGCUCAUGUCACAGCUGUGGAAUUUCUUAACAGUAUCGGAGGUGUGGGCAUUGACGGCGAAGUGUCUAAACAGUUCCAGAGGAUCCUGGCCAAACAAGGCAUGAACUUCAAGCUGGGAACCAAGGUAAUGUCAGCCAGGAGGGAAGGCUCUGGCAUCAAAGUCAGUGUGGAAAACGUCAAGGAUCCUUCCAAGAAGGAGGAGCUGGACUGUGAUGUGCUACUGGUGUGUGUGGGGCGUCGUCCAUACACCGUCAACCUGGGUCUAGAAGAGGUGGGCAUAGAACGAGACGAGAAGGGAAGGAUACCUGUCAACUCUCGCUUCCAAACAGUCAUUCCAAGUAUAUUCGCUAUCGGAGAUUGUAUCCACGGGCCUAUGCUGGCUCACAAGGCAGAGGACGAGGGAAUCGUAUGUGUGGAGGGAAUUGCUGGUGGACCAGUGCACAUAGACUACAACUGUGUACCCUCAGUCAUCUACACACAUCCCGAGGUGGGCUGGGUGGGCCGCUCGGAGGAGGACCUCAAGAACGAUGGAGUCGAGUACAAGGUCGGAAAGUUCCCAUUUGCUGCCAACAGCAGAGCUAAAACGAACAACGAUACUGAUGGCUUUGUGAAGGUGUUGGCAGACAAGCUGACUGAUAAGAUCCUGGGAGUCCACAUCAUCGGGCCAGGAGCUGGAGAGCUGAUCAACGAGGCAGUGUUGGCUAUGGAGUACGGUGCAUCAGCUGAGGAUGUGGCCAGAGUGUGUCACGCUCAUCCGACUUGCUCAGAGGCGCUGAGAGAAGCCAAUCUCGCUGCAUACUUUGGCAAAGCAAUCAACUUUGGUUAAACUGUUAAUACUUUACUUUCGGGACAUUAUCUUGUCAAGUGGGAAUGCAGUAGGUAGUGCGCUGUAGUGAGACCUCACGUCUGAUCACGCAACCACUGGUUCCUCACUACCAUCGCUCUGGACAUAGGCAUUUCAUAGAAUUUAUUUAUUGUCAUACGUACUGUUCAUUCUUACUUUACCAUUGAUGUCUACAAUAUGUGAAAGAUCUGUAAACGAGAUACAUUUGUACAUAUGUAAUAGCUUUGUUAUUUAAAACGCUAACAUUGUUAAUAAAAUUUCCAAUGUUAUAUUUUACUUCCAAUUUUGUUUUAGACUUAAUUUUUCAAUGAUCUUUACGUUUAUUGAUAUAAACACUUUGCUUUAUAAUAAAAUAUUUUAUUUAAAAUUUAUACACAAAAUAAAAUUUUAAAUCUUAAUAAUA